AUGGAAAUGGACGGAGUCUCCUCCACCAGCUCCCAGAGCCCCUCCGUCCAUGUGAUGCACCAGCUCAGCUGCUUAAGCCUCGACGGCCCCAAGCUUCAUGCGAGCAGAGACGCGCAGCGCGCAGGCUCCUCCGCCAGUUCGUUUGCGCACAAACAAGCCUCCGGACUGAAAGCGGGUAUGGGGAUCCUUAAAAUGGCUACCUCUCAGUGGAAACAGGAAAAGAGGACGCAGUCCGGAGCCGUCAUCGCCAAAAUGCGCGGCUCCUCCGGCGGCCUCCCAUGUAAGAGGUCUCCGUUAGACCAGCUGGCGGCUUUGCUCCUCCGCGGCCAAACGCGCCUCCGCCAGCUUGGCGCGCCGCACCGCCAAGACUCCCAGUGCUCCACGAAACCGCAGAACUGUAAGCGCGUCGUGGUUCUCGGCGCGCCGCGGGUCGGCAAAACCUCCAUCCUCCGAAGAUUCCUGCGGGACGGGUUUGUCGAAGAGUACAAGCCUACGUCUGAGGAUUUUCACCGAAAACUGUUCCGUAUUCGCGGUGAGACCUAUCAAAUUGACAUCCUGGACGCGUCCGGGGAGAGAAGCUUCCCAGCCAAGAGGCGUCUCUCCAUCCUUACCGGCGACAUUUUUCUGCUGGUGUUCAGUUUAGACGACCGGAGCUCUUUUGAGGAGGUCUGCGCCCUGCGAGCGGAAAUUCUGGCGGCCAAGACCAAACUCUUCAAAUCCAACGCACCGGGUCAGCCUGCACAAGUGCCCCUGAUAGUAUGCGCCAACAAGGCGGAUCUACCGCCGACGGAGAGGUUGGACGUGUCUCGGUCCGAGGUGCUGCAGGCUCUCGGCGAGGACUGCGCCUACUUUGAGACUUCCGCCAGAGACAGCACUAAUUUAGAGAAGGUUUUCGAGACCCUGGCCAAGAGGGGCGGGCUGCCGACCGAAACUGUCCCGUCGCAGCACCGCAAAGUCUCCCUCCGCUCGUACCUGGCGGUGCGGACGGGCCGUGUGUCCGGGAGAGGGCGGCAGACGGCGAGCUGUGACGAUGACCCCUGCGGCGCGCUGUUCCCGCUGGCCCGUCGGCCGAGUUUCAGCACUGACCUCCGUCAAGUCAUGGGUCUUCACGCGGCCCCCAAGCCCGGCAAACCGCCGGAGAAGUGA